AUGAACAAUAAAAAGAAGACAAAUACUUCCACUGCUCCUAAAAAAGGUGGUUUUACUGGGAGGUGGAGGACAACAAGAACGAUGAUGAAAGCGGAGAUGGAUGAUGAUUUGGAGUCUCGGAGACAUCAUCAUCCUCAAAGACGACGGAAGAACAUUUCAGCAUCGUUUUCGACGAGAGCGACGAGAAGAAGCGCCUCUUUGUCCGCCUCUUCCUCCUCCGAAGACGAGAAUACGAAUACGAAUUAUAACAACAGUAGCAGCAGCAGCAGCGAGAAUAAUACUCGCAACACUAAUAACAACGAGAAUAAUAAUACUACGAAUACUAAUGAUGAAUUCAUCUUGUACGGCUCGCAAGGCUCGCGAUCGCCGCUCAUCAACUGGUACCUGUACGAAAAGGAAGUCCAAUUCGAAUUGAAAGAACCGAGAGACGUGUCGAACCCACACCCGUUCGGACAAGUCCCGGCGUUGAGACACAAAGAAAACGUGGAGCUCUUUGAAUCCGGGGCGAUUCUUUUAUACUUGGCGGAUAAGUGCGGGGAGUUGAAAAGCGACGAGGCGAAAGCGAACGCGUAUUCGUGGGUGUUGUGGGCGAACGCGUCGUUAGAUCCCAUCUGUUUCAAAGAAGACAUCAACGGCCGCGUCAUCGAUACCGGGAUUAAAAACGAAACCAAAGGAAUGCGACGAUUGGACGAUGUUUUGAGCAAACGCGAGUGGUUAUCCGGGGAUCAAUUCGGCGUCGCCGACGUCGCGGUUGCCGCGUAUUUACUCUACGUGCCGCAGUUUUUUCAAGGCGUUUCCUUUAAACGGUGGCCAAACGUCGCCAAGUUUAUGGGGAGAUGCUGUAGCCGAGACUCGUACGCGAAAGCGUUCGGACCGAGAGUGCAGAGUUAUUUAAUCGGGGAGUUGAUGAAAGACUCGCGCAACAUCUACUCGUUUACCGCACGCGUGUCCUCACUUUUUCUCUCUCGUUUUGCUCCAAUUUAUUAUAACGGAGAGAGAGAGAAAGAAGAAACGCAAAACUCUCAUUACAACCACACAAUCACCAUCAUCAUCAUCUCCGCUUUUACGACUACUACUGCGAUCACCACCCGCGCGACGAGUUGGUCUUCCUCCUCCCGCACUUCUUCCUCUUCUCGUUCGUCCGCGUUGUUUGCGAUUCAACAAAGACAAAACUCGGGAGUGUCGUCGUGUGUUUCCCCCACAACCACCUGUAGGUGGUUUCCUCCUCGACGACGAACCGGUUUUGAAGAACGCACGCAUCAUCAUCACUAUCAUCGUCGAGGAAAAGCGACGACGAGGGGGAGCGUUUUAAUACUGAACGCGUUCGAGAAGCAAAACGAGAACAAAGACGAGGAGGAAAAGGAGAAGUCGUUUUUCGAAGAAGACUUUGAAAGGUUGCGCCAAACUCUGGACAACGAGAAGAAAAUGAUGAUGAACAACACGUCCUCCUCCUUCGACGAAAAAGGGAGGAGAGUAGAAGAGACGAACAACACCAACGAGAAGAACAAUUUCGCGACGACGACUUCUUCAAAAGCCGCCGCUGAAACCAUCGACGGGAGAGGGAAGACGAUUCAGACGCAGACGACGACGACGAGGAAGGCCCCGUUCAAAAAUCCACUUCUGGAUGAUGAAAUCGGCCUCCCGCCUCGAUCGGAUUCGCCCGCGAUCGAUAUAUCGUUCGCGCACGGUUUUGAUUCGCACCAUCAUCACUUGACGUCGGUGCAAGAAGUGUACACGAACGCGGCUAUUUUAGACGCCGCGCACCAAUCGAUGAACUUUCUCGACUCGAAAGAUUUCGUGGACACGGAGAUUCGAACGAGCGCGAGUUUGACGAUUUCGAAUUUUUUAAACAUUGGGAAUAAUCGAUUAGGGGAAGGUGGGAUGAUUGGGAGCGGGAGAGGCGAGGAGAGCACGUCGGUAGGCGCGGCGGCGGGGGCGUCUGGGAGAGACCAGAUUAUGGAGAGAGAGAGCGAGACGAACGAGGAGGUGAUGAAGCAAUUUUUCGAGGGGCAUUUUUAUAGCGGGCCGAGCGGAUUGAACGAUAUGGGUGUGAACGUUGGUAACGGUAACGGAGGUAGUGGCGAGGAAGGGACGGUGGCGAACGCGUUGGUGCAUUUGUUGCACGAUUGGACGGAAGUGCCGUCGGUGAUUGCAAAUUUGUUGCAUCCGGAAAUAUUAGCCGAAAACGGAGGAGGAGGGACGGUGAAGUUAUCCACGAGCAUGGGAAGAUUGAAUAGCAUUCAAGAAGACGAAGAAGAAGCGGCGAUGAUGGGAAAAAGUUCGAGCGCGAAGAAAGGCGGUGGCGGCUUAGGGGAAGUCGACGACGACGAGGCAUAUAAGCAUCACGCCAAGGCGAUCCAGCUCGCCAGACACUGUAACAACACGUGGCCUUUAUUGGCGCGAAGCGUAGCGCCGUCGGCGAACCAGCGACAGGCGACGCCGUUAGAAUACGCGACGGGAUCAAACACGCCAAGAGGACCGAUUCCAAAUUCGCCGUUAGCGUCGCCGAAAAAGUCUAGAACUAUGGCGGCCAAUCAACAAGUCCAAACUGCGUUUAGUGGAGGUGGUUCUUCUUCCUCGACGAACGACAGAGUGAGCGCUCUGACCGGGUCGUUAAAAUCGAAGCUUCAAAUCAACCCCGCGUUUCCUCAGAAGCAACCGCCGCACAUGCCGCCACAACAACAGAAAUCCUCUUUAAUUCCUUUGCCACACGUAGCUAUCGUCCCUGGCGAACGCUUUCGCGAAACGUAUUAUUGGGACACGUAUUGGGUUGCGCUCGGAUUACUCGAGAGCGACAUGUACUCGACCGCGACGGGCGUCAUUCGAAACCUACUCUCUAUGGUAGAACGGUUCGGGUACGUCCCGAACGGAAGUCGCGUGUAUUAUUUGAAUCGCUCGCAACCGCCUGUAUUAGCCACCGCGGUUCGCGCGGUAUACGAAUCGACGCGAGAUAUCGAUUUGUUGAAAUACGCGGUCCAGCUGUUACAACGCGAGCACAAAUACAUGACGAGGCCGGAAAAGUGCAUAAACGUUGUCUCGCAACAGACUGGAAAUUUACACACGUUAUCGCGAUACUGGGCGUAUACCGAGAAACCUCGACCGGAAUCGUAUCGCGAAGAUUUAGACACCGCGAAGGAGUUUUGUAACAAGUUUUGCGAUUCCAAAGAUUCCAAGGAGAAAACCGAUCGAUUGCGCGCCGAUUUGUUUCGCGACAUUGCCUCCGCCGCAGAGUCCGGUCACGAUUUCUCCUCUCGAUGGUUCGAAGAUCGACAGUCAAUUCGUACAAUCCGAACGACCAAAAUCGUUCCCGCGGAUUUGAACGGAUUCAUGUACAAAAUGGAACGGGACAUCGCUUGGUUGGCGAGACAGUUGGAACAAAACGUCGAAUCGGUCGAAGAGGUUGAGUACGCUCAAGAACUCGCAACGCAAUUCGAAAUCAUGGCGGAAACUCGAAGAAAUGCAAUAUACGAGGUCAUUUGGGACGAUUCAGAAAAGCGUUGGCGCGAUCUUAUCUUGAGACGAUCGAAAUUUGAUACCUACAACAUCGACGGCACGACCACGGAUCCUUCUUUACACAAGAACAACCGCUUCGACGAUCCAGACGCGGUGUACGAAUACUCCUUCGCGGCAGGCCCGUACGCUUCGGAUUGGGUCCCUCUGUGGUGCGGCGUUUUCGAGAAGAAUUCCAAAGAAGCUCUGGACGCGUGCGAAAGUUUACGUCAAUCCCCGAUCGUGGACGUCGCCGGCAUCGCGUGCUCCACGGUCAAAUCUGGAGAACAGUGGGACUUCCCAAACGUCUGGGCGCCGCUCACGCACAUGCUCGUCGAAGGCGUCUCCGAAUACGGCGGCGAACAAAACGAAGUCUACGCCAAUUUCGCGAAAAAUGAAGCGCACAAGUAUUGUAAAUCCGUCUCUAAAGGCUUGCGUCUCACUCACGCGAUGCACGAAAAAUACGACUGCCGAUUUUUCGGCGCCAUCGGCCGCGGCGGCGAGUACGCGCCGCAAACCGGUUUCGGUUGGACGAACGGCGUCGCGCUCGCAUUUUUAGCGAAAUACGGCGGUUGGAACGAAGAAGAAGAGGACGAGGAAACCGAAGCGCCGAGAAUGGGUUUAUGCGAAACCCAAACGUGCGAGGACUUCUUCUCGGAUUCCUCCGGCGGCGACGACGCCUACUCGUCCUCGGAAGAGGACGAACAGUACAGGUACUCGGAUUGA